UGAAUCUGGCGAAGUGCGAAUACAUAUACGCGGAGCAAGCACAUCUAGUUGUUGUUUCAUUCUUCGCCACCAAACGCUUAGUUCACGUUAUGAGAUUUUUCUUAUGCUUAUUUACGUUCAACUUCUUAUCAGCGCUACUGAAUGUAGUCCAUUCCGAGCGUAGCUGGUAUUUUCGAGAUGAUGAUAUUGUUUUCCCGGGACCGACAAAUGCUCGCGAGGUUUCUUUGAGGCGUAAUUUGGGAUUGGGCGCAAACACAAAUCGCAUAGAUCAUGAAGAAGAGCGGCCAGCUGCGGCACCAGCAAAAAGUCGCCAAGGAUCUGCGCCAAAUAGUAGAUUAUGUGAAAGAAAAUAUGGUGAGUAUAUACGACGAAUAUUUCCCGAUGAAUCAGAUACAGCCAAAGACGCCAAUGAUGCAGAAUUCAAUGGACGAAGUUUAGCUGCACCAGGGGAAUAUCCUCAUAUGACAGCUUUAGGAUUUGUAUCAGACAAUGGCCAAGUCGAUUAUAAAUGUGGAGGAAGUUUAAUCAGCGACAGAUUUGUGGUAACAGCAGCUCACUGCACAAAUAUAGUCGGAGAAGUUCCAACAAAAGUAAGAAUUGGAGAUUUAAAUCUUUUGGAAGAAGAGCCACAUUUGGAACCACAAAUCCAUAACAUCAAAAAAAUUCACAAUCACCCGGAUUACAAAUCAACAUCGUAUUACAAUGACAUAGCACUUCUCGAACUGGAGACUGAAAUAGACUUAACAGAAUUCGCUAGGCCAAUUCGUCUCUGGACUAGACCCUCAACCGGCCCAUUUACAAUUGCCUACGCCAUGGGCUAUGGAUCCACUGACUUUGCAAAACAGAGAACAAAUCGUUUAACUGAUUUGAAUAUGACCAUUAUCUCCAAUGAAGUGUGUAACCGAGAAUUACCUCAAAUUCCUGAAACGGACAGAGGCAUUAUCGAUAGCCAGCUAUGUGCUCGAGAUUAUGCCUUGAAUCGCGACACCUGUCAAGGCGAUUCGGGUGGUCCACUGCAAUUGAAUAUUCGAGGUCGACGCAGGCGUAAUCGUUUGCAUUAUCAACUGGUGGGCAUAACAUCGUAUGGCCUAUAUUGCCGCAGCGGCUAUCCAAGCAUAUUUACCCGAGUCUAUUCAUUCCUCGAUUGGAUAGAGAGUAUUGUGUGGAAGGAUGAAUAAAUUAAUACAAAGAACAAUAAUAUUUAAAUA